GCACUGCAGAAACUGAUGUCUCUGAAAGCCCAAGUCCAACUGGUGUACCUCCCCCUGGCCGACUCCAAUUCACCAAAGUGUGUCCAGACUCAGUGACGUUACGAUGGUCUCCACCAGAGGGCGCCCCUGGUCCACAAUGGUACACCGUUACCUGGCGACGACAGGCAGAGCAGCGCAGCAAAACCGUAUCAGACUGUGAGGUGGAGGUGACUGGUCUUCAUCCAGGAAGGAAGUACCACUUCAGUGUGGUGGUCACCCUGAGACAAGAUGGCCACCAGAGCACACCUGUGGAGGCAUUCAUGCACACAGGAUUCCCCAUCUCUGAGCUGCUGUCAGAAUUGGGCCUGAGGGAUCUGCAGGGAGGGAAGCUCACUCUCAGCUCAGUCCUGGAGAUCAACAGCAACACCCUCUCUGAUACACCACCACAAGGUCUACAUGAAUUACCAUGGACUUUCUUAAGAAAACUCAUGAUGUCAAACUUAACUGCAAGAAAUGUACAAUGUGACCAACCAAUGUAUGAAUCUAUUUUUACUCGUGUUACUGAAUAUGUUGAUGCUAUGAAUCCUCUGGAUUUGAUCACAGCCCUUUUCCACUGUGCAGAUCCUUUCCUCCAACAGGACAUAGUCUCCAAAAUGUCUUUGUGCCAGUUUGCUGUUCCUCUGCUGCUGCCAAACUGUGACACACAGAAGAUCACUCUGAUGCUGUGGGCCAUGAGAGAUCUAGUAAAGAAUUACAAACCUCAUUCUUCAACAGGUGAAGGGGCAUUGGUAGAGGGCAGGAUUGUAGAGAUGGAAAUUCCCCUUGUGUCUUUCGUUAGGGUAGGAGAGAGCAGUUUGUCUAAAUCUCAAACUCUGAACAGAUUGUUCAGUAAUAUUUCUCAACCCAAUGAAGCAUUUAUCCAUUGUGACAUGCCAUGUGGUGACGUGCCCAGGAGAAUUGCAGAUGGGCUGGUCGAAGUCAGCUGGUAUCUGCCCUGUGGGAACAAAAACAUUGACAUAUUCACACAGCCAGUGGCCGUGGCCAACCUGAGAGGAGACAGCAGGUUGUUUGAAGCUCAGGUGUCCUUCCUGUGUCAGACCUCAGCUGCAGUUUUCAUCUUCAGUGAUGACCUGGAGGGUGACCUCAGUCCUUUCACGAACAGAGAGAGAAAAGCAGAGCUGUUCCUGGUCACCAACUCUCAGAGGAAGGGCUAUGGCAUGGAGAAACCUAAGGAGACUUGCCUAAAACACAACAUUGAAGAAACACAUGUGGUGGUCAGAAAAAAGCAGAAUGACUCUGAUUUUGUUAAUGUGUUGCGUUUCUAUGUAAGAGGUGUAUUGGAAAAAGACCAGUUGAAAUCUAAUAUGUUAAAUUUGGCGGUUGUAGCUCAACACAUUGGUGUUUUGGUGGAUGAAGAUGAAGAAUGUAAGAAUGCAAGACAAAAUGCUGAAGGAAUCAGUGACAUGGUGAGGGAUGUUUUGGUGUUUAAGGAGGAGCAGCUGCCUUUACAUGGAACCAUCUGGAAGGCAAUCAGCAAGUUAGAGAAAGAGAGAUGCAGAAUGAGAAACGCUAAUAAGGAGAUCAACCUAAAAGAUUACAGGAGUAGGAUAGCAGAUCAAGAAAGUUAUCUGAGAAAGAAACAGCAAGAGAGAGAUUUAUCAGAAGCCAUGGCUAAAUUUAUUGCUGGAAUCUCACAACAAAACACAGAACGUCUCUACUUCCUGAAGUGGCUGAAAUUUCAGCUAGACACACUCACCAGACAUAACCUGGCCACACUGAGACAGCAGUAUAAAGACUGUUGUAGUAAAAAUCCACAGGACAAGGAGCUCAAGAACUUAGAUGAGCAGAUCUCCAACUGCUCGUUGGGUCCUGAACAUUUUUUCCGAGAACUAGGACAGAUUUAUGAGUGUGCUUGCGCACUUCCACAAGACGACCUACACAGGUCUGUUACACAGAAAGUCCAGCAUCUGCCUGGACUAUGUGCUCAGAUGCUGCUGGAUGGGUUUCCAAUGGAGCUGGUGGAUGGAGAUGCUUCAAACAUCCCAAUGAAGUGGAUAUCAGCAGUCCUGACGGAGCUGCAUCAACUGGUCAGAACUGAGAGCCGGAUUCGAGUGUUGACUGUGCUGGGGGUGCAGAGCACUGGGAAGUCCACCCUUCUCAACACCAUGUUUGGGGUGCAGUUUGCUGUCAGCAGUGGAAGAUGCACCAGAGGAGCCUUCAUGCUGCUGAUGAAGGUCUCUGAGGAACUCAGACAUGAGCUCCAGUGUGACUUCAUCAUGCUUAUCGACACAGAGGGCUUAAAAUCACCUGAGCUGGCAGCACUGGACACAAGCUAUGAACAUGACAACGAACUAGCAACCCUGGUGAUAGGGCUCAGUGACAUCACCAUCAUCAACAUUGCCAUGGAGAACAACCAAGAGAUGAAGGAUAUCCUCCAGAUUGCAGUCCAUGCCUUUCUGAGAAUGACAGAGGUUGGGAAGAAGCCCAGAUGUCUGUUUGUGCAUCAGAAUGUGUCAGACAUGUCUGCACAUGUCAACAACAUGAGGGAUCGGAAAAAUCUGGUGGAGCAGCUCAAUGAGAUGACUCAGGCAGCAGCUAAGAUGGAGAAGAAAGAAGGCAACACUAAGUUCACUGAUGUAAUGACAUAUGAUCCGGAAAAAGACAGCUACUACAUCCCUGGACUUUGGCAUGGAACUCCCCCAAUGGCCCCAGUGAAUUCUGGCUACAGUGAAGCUGUGUAUGAACUUAAGAAGAAAAUAAUUUACCUCUUUAAAUCUGAUAAUGGAACACACAAUGAUGCAACAGAGUUUCUGGAGUGGACAAAGAGUUUGUGGAAUGCAGUGAAAUUUGAGAACUUUAUCUUCAACUUUAAAAACAGUUUAGCGGCUGAUGCCUACUUGGAUUUAUGCACUCAUUACAACAACUGGGAGUGGACAUUCCAAUCAGAGAUGAACAGGUGGCUUAUUGCUAAGACAACAGAAAUAUCCAACUUUGGAGUAACUGAAAAGAAUGUCCACAUCCGUCAAUUAAUGACUGAAUUAAGCAAUGUGGUCCAGGAGACCUCGAACAAAUUAUUUGAAGAAGAGAAGAAAAUACAAGAAAAUAUUCAGCAAUACUUCAAGCAAAAGAACAACAAGGUUGCUCUUGUGGAGAAAUACAGACAGGAAUUUCAAAACAGUGCCUCAACUCUAAGACGGCAAACAGAGAAUUCUUUAAAACAACAUUUGGAACAGGCUGUUGAAAUAAAAAAAGGAAUGGAAAAAAUGAGAGAAUUCAUGGACAAGCAAAAAGUCACCAUUGAAACAAAGGUCUUAGAGUUGAUUAGAUGCUGUAGGGAGAGAAGAACUGAUUUGUCUGAGAAAGACCUCAAGAAAGAAUUUGACCAAAUGUGGAGCGAGACCAUUUCAGAGCUGUCCAAUAUCCGACUACAACGUAUAGAUGUUCAUCAGAAUGCUUAUUAUAUGCUGAUGGAAAAUUUAAGUGUAAUAAGUGGACAUAUUAUGGAAAUGCUCAGACGGCUUGACCUGACAGUGUGUGGGCAUGGAGAGUUCACUGUUAAAACAGAUUGGUGGAAAAGCCUUACACGUUUUAAUGAAAGGGGAUUCAUUAAGGAAACGCAAGAGCUCUGUAAUGUCAUCAUUGCAGAAUGCCACACUCUUGUUAAUGAUCACAUUGCUGCCAUGAAGAGUAAGAAUACAGAUUACAAUGAUACGUACAUUAAAGAACUUCUGAAAUAUAUUGAUGGAGAAAUAAAAGAUUUAUCUGAUGAGUGUGUAGCUAGUCUUAAAUUUUACAUCAUUGGUUUUGCUGCAAGUGCUUUCCAGAAAGCACACAAGGACUUCAAUUCCCGCAAUGACCCACAGGAGCAUCUGAGACAGUCUAAAGACACAUUUUUUGAGAGUUUCAUAGCAUCAUUUAAUGAAAAAGAUCAGUGUUUGAAGAAAGCUCAACAAUUUGCAGAGACAUGUGUGAAGCCAGCAGUUCAGUUCUAUGUGUCUCAGCACCUUGGUCAGGCAAUAGCAGAUGAAAUGAGGACAGGAGAAGAGGGAGUAAACUACAACACAACACAUUUCCAGUUUGCUGUAUUAAAGCAGCUGCUAGAUGAAAUGUCAUUCAAUACGUACAUGGAAUACACAACAUCAUAUGAGCCAUUUGUGAAGGACUGGAUAAAGCAACUGAUCAUCAAAAGAAUGUCUGCAAGGGGCCAGCUGGCUAGACUGGAGAAACAGCUCCUGUCUGAUAUUGUGCGGAAAAUAAACUAUGCAAUCACCGUGUCUUCAGGGAAUAAGGCCAUCAAGGAGUUCAUCCUACAGUUCUGCUCUGCCCUUCAGGAUGAGCUGGUCAUCCCAAGAGAUGCCUUAGACAACUUCCUGAUUCUCAUCAAUGCUGACACAGACCAGUUCAUCUCCUACCUCCAUGACUUCAUCAAGGAUAUGGAAGAGUCUUUGCCAAAGGAAUACAGCAGGAGAGCAAGCUGUAAAGACAUCACUGAAAGAAUUGAGCAGCUGCCCUCUAAACCCCAUGAUCUCCUCUUCUCCAGUGUCAGUGGAUGUGGACAUCAGUGCCCCUUCUGUGGGGCUCCUUGUGAAGCAGGAGGACAAGGCCACACCACACACUUUGCCAGCAUGCACAGACCUCAGGCCUUUGCUGGCUGUUAUUGGCCUUCUACCAAGAAACUCCAAACAGAUAUAUGCACCACUGCAGUCAUUAGUGAUGGUAAAUAUAUUAAUUCAAAUACAAAUGGUGAAUUUCACCCCUGUAAGCGCUACAGAGAGAUUUACCCACACUGGGACAUCGCAGGAGAUGUCAGUGUUGAGGCCUCAGACUACUGGAAAUAUGUGAUGAAGGAAUUUAACAGGGGACUGGCUGAAGCUUACAAUGUACAACCUGCAGACAUCCCAAAUGAGUGGAUCAAGCUCACACAACAGGAUGCACUGACAGGCCUGGAGAAGUCAUUCAACAUUAAAUAG